AUUGCAAAGAAGUUUCGCCGUUUAAACAAAACAAAACCUAUCCUUUUUUUUUUUUUAGAAAGGGCAAAGCUACUCAUUACACACAUUCACUGUAUCCGAAAUUAAAUCAAUGACGAAUAUUUAAAUGACGCAGCAUUAUCUAGGAUAUACGUAUGUAUCCCGAUUUCAAUUAUCUUUGUGUGCCGUUUCCGUCGUUGGUUUACGACCAAGUCUAGGAUUCCACACCACUCGGACCACUGACACUGCCAGCAGUCGGAAGCCUAAAUUUAAUCUAACGUUUUCAAGCUCUACAAUACUGAACACAAAUUAUGUUUUUGUAGUCAUAUUGAAAUGGUUAAGUUUAACUUCGAUUUUACAUUUAAAACUUUGUCUUUCAUCUGUUCCUGAAAAUAAACAAAUUAUUGAGCACCAUUUCACAGGCGGAUAUUCAACCAACACUAACAGGCCCAUUAUUAGUGGCAUUAGCCAUCUGUUAAAUUUUGAACCAAAGUCAAAGCCAUGCCCUUCUUCAAGUUUUAUUAGAUUUAAUGAUAAGCAGUCUCCUUCAACUUUCACUUCAGGAUUUUUUUGUAAAAAAAGAACAUCUUCAGGCCCUGCUUGUCCUCAUUCUCAUAAUUUUAAGGGUUGUGAAACUAGCUUAGUCUUAGACAAAACACUUCAAUCUGAAACUGAAGUCAUGUCUCAACCAGAAGACCAGACACAGAUAAAAGAUACGAAGGAAUCACCUUGCAAGAUCCUGUCAGACCAUUUAACUGUACAUGGUGCACACAUUACAGAAGUCCAUGAAGUUCCUAUGCGUGUCCUUAUACGACCCAUUCCAUCCAUAUUGGAUGAGGAAAAAGUAGCAUCAUUGAUGAACACUAUUGAAGUUAGUUCUUUUUAUCAAAUUUCUAUAAAUUUUAUAUGGUUGAUACAAUUUUAGUAUUUUAUAUUAUAACUUUUUGGGUUAUAUUUUAAUGGUAAUCUCUGGUUUAUGCUGGAACACUUUUUCGUUUGGCACACAAUACAUCUCAUUCUUAGUCUUAUAGGGAUUUUAAUCUCUAAAAAAUUUUUGGAUUCGUGCUAAACAUUUAUCAGUUGUGUAAGCAUGUUUAGUGAAAUUUGUAUAAAAUAUAUUUCAAUAAAGUGUUUGCUCAACAGCAUUGCAUAAUUCCCAAAAUGUUACAUUUAAUAAUAAAUUAAGUUGGUACUUUCAAAUGUAAUUUUUUGAGAUUUCCAUGGUCACCUCUGAGUUUCAUUCUUUUUCCUAGAUUCUUUUUCAACAAUGCACUGUCAGUAUUUUGGAUAUUAGUAUUUAAAUGUGUCAUGAACUCAUUCAAAUGAGUAAAAGUAACUAAACUUUGUGUAUUAUCUACGAUUAAAUUUAAAUCAUUAGUUCUCAUCUCUGAAAAGCAGGUCAUUCACAAUAGAAAGGUGAAUUGGGCAUAUUUUAUGAAAUAUCCAAUUGUAACUCUGAAGAAAAUUAAGAUUCAAAAUUUUGAAAUGAGAGAAGUGCCAUACUUAGUAACUAAAUCAUUCUGAAUUUAUUCAGUCCGUAGAGACCAGGGAGAAUGUCCCACCCAUUGAAGUGCUAUGGAUCACCGGUCGAAAAGGUGGAGACUACUAUUAUUCUUUUGGAGGAUGCCACAGAUACGAAGCUUACAAAAGAUUAAAACGAGAAACAAUCCCAUGCAAGCUUUUCAAAUCUACUGUUGAGGAUCUGAAGACUUAUUUGGGAGGAUCAACUCCAGACUUAUUGUAAUGUUGUUCUAAAAGUUAUGAUUUUAAAAGGAAGCAUUUGUUUUAUUUAUUUAUAGCAUGAGUAAUGCUAAUUUAUUCGUUAUCGUUGAAAAACUAACUAUCAUAUCCAUUAAAAAGCUUAUGUAUCUCUUGAUAUUUACUAGGGCAACAUUUUUAGUAUAUCUGGGUAAAGCAAUUUAUAACAGAAAUGUUAAACAAAAUAAAUGCUGGGUAAUUUAAAGUUACCCAUAGUAACAACUAUUUACUGCAGCCUUCUUGUGACCUUCUAAUAUAUCAUGGCCUAAACUCAAGGAGACCCUUGUGUAAAACUGUGUAUGCAUUAAUUUUAAAAUGUAAACAUUCAGUUUGAAAUAGAAAUGUGAAAAAAUAUAAAACUCAAUAUUGUAAACAGAUUUCCGAUAACGUUCAAGAGCAAUACAAACUUAUAAACAAAUGAUUGAUUUGAAAUAUUUAUAGUGAGAUGAACAAAUUGAUUCACCAUCUUUUUACUCUUUUACUAAAAGAUAGUAAAUUCAAAAUUAGAACAUAUAUCUAUCUGUAAUAAGACCCUGCAGUAUUAAUGUAUUUGAAACUGACUUGAUAAAAUGUAUUAAUAUCUUGGAAUAUAUGUGACAUAAAGUUAAACAUAUCUUAGAGUAGGCCUACAAAUGACACUAGAAGUACCUGGAAUGUGAUGAAUAAAUUAUGAUCCAGAUAAAAUUUAUUAAACUUGGUUUUUAUUUUAACUGUGCACUCCACAUAAUUUGGGCAGAGCUAUGUAUAAUCAUUCAGUUAUUUUUAUAUACAUGUAAUCACCACUACAUUCCUCUUAAAAUUUUAUUAAUAUUGUUUUAACAAUCCACUGCAUAAAAAUGAAUACAUUUAGUAUGCCAAUAAAUACUUCUUAUUUACUUAAUACUACACAAAGCAAUGUUAACAUUAUCUUAUAAUACAAUACUCUGGUAACUAAUAUUAUUUAUAUUAAGAUGGAUAACGUUUUAGGCCAAAUUUUUAUUCUUGCACCCAAGAAAUAAUAUUAAUAAUUUACCAACUAGUUUCAAUUGUAAAAAAGCACCAAAAUAUUGUUUUUUGUUGGAAUGUAUUGUUUACAAUUAAAGCAAUUUAUUUUUUUGUAAUUUUAAUAAAUUAUAUGUACAAAAAAGGGUGAACAAUUUGUGUGAUUAAAGAAUAAAAAUAAUUUCAGACUUUAA